AGCGAGCUGGACGCGCCGCCUGCAGUGCUGGCUGCUGCUUUUUAUUUACUAGGAAACACGGUUCCCUGCAGGAGAGUUUGGAAUUUCGCAGGCACACACACACUCACGCUCGCGCGCACACACACACACAUGCACACACGUUAGCGCGCUGGUUCUUCACAACUGCAUCCCCAAACCCACAGAGCGAAGCUACUGCGGUUUCUCUUAACCAUCAUCGUGGGGUGAAGCAGAGCCUUUGUACAUCAGGGAGAGCCCGGUGCCUGCGCUGCAGCCUCGGGUACAAAACCCAGCAGACCGCUCACCCCAUCGGUUGGAAUGCUUGCGGAUUUCUCAACAAACUUCUAAGGCUAAGACCCUGAGGAAGCCAGCUGGAGAAUGCCUUCCGAACGCUGCCUCAGUAUUCAAGAAAUGCUGACAGGCCAGAGGCUCUGCCACUCAGAAUCUCACAAUGAUAGUGUGUUGGCAGCACUGAACCAGCAGAGAAGUGAUGGCAUUCUCUGCGACGUCACGCUGAUUGCUGAGGAACAGAAAUUCCAUGCUCACAAGGCAGUGCUGGCAGCGUGCAGUGACUAUUUCCGGGCAAUGUUCAGUCUUUGUAUGGUGGAAAGUGGAGCUGAUGAGGUGAAUUUACAUGGUGUGACCAGCCUUGGCUUGAAGCAGGCUCUGGAAUUUGCUUACACAGGACAGAUUUUGUUGGAGCCAGGCGUGAUCCAGGAUGUGUUAGCAGCUGGCAGUCACCUACAGCUGUUGGAACUUCUCAAUUUAUGUUCCCACUAUCUCAUCCAGGAAUUAAAUAGCUUUAAUUACUUGGAUCUGUACAGACUUGCUGACCUCUUUAACCUCACUUUGUUGGAGAAGGCAGUGAUCGAUUUCUUAGUGAAACAUCUCUCUGAACUCCUGAAGAGUCGCCCAGAAGACGUUCUAACGCUUCCUUAUUGUCUGCUUCAGGAGGUCCUGAAGAGUGACCGCCUGACCUCUCUAAGCGAAGAGCAGAUCUGGCAGCUAGCUGUGAGGUGGUUGGAACAUAACUGCCAUUACCAGUACAUGGACGAGCUCCUACAGUACAUUCGCUUCGGCCUAAUGGAUGUGGACACUCUGCAUACGGUGGCCCUGUCCCACCCUCUUGUUCAGGCUAGUGAGAGGGCGACAGCCCUGGUCAACGAGGCUCUGGAAUACCACCAGAGCAUCUACGCCCAGCCGGUCUGGCAGACGCGAAGGACCAAACCGCGCUUCCAGUCGGACACUCUGUACAUCAUUGGUGGGAAAAAGCGAGAGGUCUGUAAAGUCAAGGAACUGCGAUACUUCAACCCUGUUGAUCAGGACAACGCCCUCAUAGCCGCCAUUGCUAACUGGAGUGAACUGGCUCCAAUGCCCGUGGGCAGGAGCCACCACUGUGUGGCCGUCAUGGGGGACUUCCUGUUUGUAGCAGGAGGGGAAGUUGAGCACGCCAGUGGCCGGACGUGUGCUGUGAGGACUGCCUGUCGCUAUGACCCCCGCAGUAAUUCCUGGGCAGAGAUAGCUCCCAUGAAAAACUGCCGGGAACAUUUUGUGCUAGGUGCCAUGGAUGAAUACCUCUACGCCGUGGGGGGCAGAAAUGAGCUGCGCCAGGUUCUACCUACUGUUGAAAGAUACUGCCCCAAGAAGAACAAGUGGACUUUUGUGCAGUCCUUUGACCGAUCCCUUUCAUGUCAUGCUGGAUAUGUGGCUGAUGGUCUUCUUUGGAUAUCAGGUGGAGUAACUAACACAGCACAAUAUCAGAACAGACUAAUGGUAUAUGAACCUAACCAGAAUAAGUGGAUUAGCCGCAGCCCCAUGCUGCAGAGAAGGGUCUACCAUUCCAUGGCUGCUGUCCAAAGGAAGCUUUAUGUUCUUGGAGGCAAUGACCUGGACUACAAUAACGACCGGAUCCUCGUGCGGCAUAUAGAUUCCUAUGACAUAGAUGCUGACCAGUGGACACGUUGUAAUUUCAACCUGUUGACUGGCCAAAAUGAAUCUGGAGUUGCUGUCCAUAAUGAAAGGAUAUAUUUAGUUGGUGGAUAUUCGAUUUGGACAAAUGAGCCUCUGGCUUGUAUCCAGGUAUUGGAUGUAAGCAGAGAGGGCAAAGAGGAAGUAUUCUAUGGGCCUACACUCCCUUUUGCUUCUAAUGGAAUAGCAGCCUGCUUCCUUCCAGCUCCCUAUUUCACGUGUCCUAACCUUCAAACUCUGCAAGUGCCUCAUCACAGGAUUGGCACCAUCUGAGAAGCCAAUGCUCUGUUAACUGUCACUAACAGAAAGGAAAAGAAAGGCUUGUCUUUUGGAUACUGGGAAAAAAAAAAAAACUCAGUGCUCACUGCUUCCUUGUUGUAUGUCUUAUCUUCAGAAAACCAUUAGCAAAAAAAGGACAGUUUUCUAAAUCCCUGUUACCUUCUCAGUGUGUGUCAAAAGACAGUGUAAUAUGUAUGACUUCUACUGUGGUAUAGCUUUGUGCCAACUUAAUGGUCCAAUAUGUUCCAUGGGUCUUUAUAGUAUUGUUUGUAUACUUUUUUUUAAAUAAGCACUGUGUAGGACAACAUGAUAUUGUUAGCAAGGCAAUUAUUUCACAAGUACUGCCAUACAGCUUAAAAAACAAACAACAAAUAUCAGUACUUAACCCCUUUACUACUUAACCAUGGGUUUGUAAGUUUUCUUUAAAAAAAUUAACAUUAUUCAGUACCACUCAGUAGAGACUCAGCAUUAUGACAUCAUAAAUUUUUAAAUGCCAUAUUUUAUUCAAUGUAAUGAAUAGUAGAAGCACAGUGGAAUAGCAGUUGGAAUACCCAAAAUUUUCACCUUGAUUACUCUGUGUCCUUGGGCCAGAAACUUAACUUUACAGUGUUUUAAUUUUCCUACUUUUUAAGGGGGAUAAUUAUUGAUUUCCAUAUUAACUCAAAAGAAUGUUGUAAGGAUUAGGUAAGUGUUCUGCAUGAAGUAUAUUACCUAAGAAAAAGAUGGUGCUUAAAUUAUUUUACUGUCUUUAGAACUUUGUAACUGAACAGAAAGAUUAUUUUUGAAGUUUAAAAGUUACAGAUAGAACUUGGUAAAUAUGCUACGGAAUAAAUGAUUCUAAAAAUUAUGGGAAGAGAUAAAUGUUCAUUAGGAAAGAGGAAGUUUAUUUAAGUCAAAUAUUUCUAAACUUGUACAAAUCCUUGAAUCAAAUAAUAGCUCAAACAUCAUUUGAACUCAUUCAGUGAAAAAUGACAUUUUAAAGCUCAAAAAAUUAGUUGUACUAAUUAUGGCACCAUAAAGUGCUUUGACAUAAAUUUGAACCUAGAAUCGGCAGUUCUAAUAAAAGUUUUUCCACUUUGUUAAAGGUUAUGUCAAUCUUGAGCACAUGUGGGAUUCUUUUCCACCACCAAUACAUAUUUUAUCACUGCCACUGUUAAUAAUGCAUAAGAAUUCUUUUCUAGGCUAUAUUUUUGGAUUUGCUUUGUCGAUAUAACAAAAUAAAGAAUAAAACAACAAUUACAUUUGAACAAAAAUUCAACAAGUGCAACAUGAUUUUUUUUUCCUCUUUCCUAAUCUUGUUAGGAGUUAAGUAAUCCUUUUAUUAAAAGGAAGACUUUACACUGACUUUUCUUGGCAUAGUUUAAUCACUCAGUAAUCCUUGCCUAACAGGAAACUGUCAUUUUAUUCAUGUAACUACUGUUAGUAAUUCAGAAAUGAAUAAAGAAUUUUUAUCCUAAACAGAGUUCAGUAACUUUAUACAGUUAUAAAAUACCUAAAACAUUAGUAAAAAAUAUAAAUGCAUAUAUGUAAACUCUGGUUAUUCAGAUUAAUGGCAGGAAGGGAGAUUAGAGGUAAGGGGGAAAAAGGUAGAUUUUUAAAUGGGUAGAACCUCAGUUUAGACAAAAAUAGUGAUAUUUGUAGUUAUGAAAAAUAAAAAUGGAUACUGAUAACUUAUAUUUAGGAUAGUCUCUUUAAAAGAUGUAAAUCAUUUAAGCCAAAAUUAAAAAUGUCUUUCCAAGUUAAAAAAAAAAAAAAGAACUCUUAACGUUUCAGAUAAGUAUCAAGGACCAAAAAGCAACAACUGUUUCAGGUUUGCUAAUUUUCUAUGUGACAUGAACUUCUCCAUGAACUCUCACAAAGACAUUAAAAUCUAUAUGUAAUCACAUAUCCUAUAUCCAACUAAGAAAGGAAAAAUGUCUACAAACAAAUUUGCCUGCCUGGUAAUGGAUGGACAGCCUAAGUUUACUCGAUUAUUUCCAUACAGAUUUCUAAACACACACGUAACAAACAGUAUAAUCAAAUCACUUCUUGGUGAACUUUUGAUGUGUUAUUCACUAAUAUUAAAAAGUUGCAUCGAGUAUUUUAAAAUCCUUUACAGUUUUGGAAACAUGCAGUUAUAGUCAAAGAAAAGUAUCCCAAGGCAUAACAUCCAUCUCCUCCAAAAUACUGAGAUCACUUAUUAGAUCAUUUACCUCAAAUGGCUCAUAGUAAAAUCUAACAGGACUAUAGAAAACUAAACCAAAUUCGGAUAGAUCAAUUUCCCCUGAAAAAAUUCAAAUAUAUAUAUUCCUAUUUAAGCAAACUAUCCUAUAGUAACUCAUCUUUUUUAUUCAAAAUUAAAGAUUACAUUUGUAUUUAAAUUAUUAUAUUACUCUGAACUUCCACAGGAAGACCAUGAUCUCUCUAACCAUUUAACCAUUAAGAUUUCCUUUAAAAAAUAAAAAGCAAUACCACAUAGAUAUUAGCAGGGUAUUCUUACAGUGGGAGAUGAAGCUGGCUAAGGCAUGAGUCUCUAAAAUAAUGUGUGAUAAAUGCAAAAACAAUUCCUUCAAUCUUAAGCCACAAAAUGACAAGUUAUGAUUUGGGGUAUUUUUCAUACUUUUCUGUUCAUAUUUUCUUCAUAGUUUACAGGCAUAUUUUAUACCCUUCAGCCACUGCAAUAGCUGAAAAACUAACUUCCAUACUUUCACAUUAAAAGAGUUUAAAGGCAACAAGGAUAGAGAUUAUUCUUCUAGUUUUUUAAAUUGUUUUUUUAAAAAGCCAAUGUCAUAAAAAGGAACUAGAAUAAUCACAAGUGUUUAAGCUAAAUAAAUUUAUUAGAUAUAUCUUUAUUACAAGGACAAAUAACUUAUGUGUAUAAAAGUAUCCAGAAUUUUUCUGAAAGUACAACUCAUUAAUGCAAUAAAUUGGCUAACCAUCAGCACACUAACAACUUUAAUAAGUAGAAAAUAAUUCUAAUUCAACCACUUGGUCUUAAUUUUUGUAACCUUAUCAGUACAGUUUAUCAUUGAAUUCAAAUACGAAUCUUGUAUCUUAUUUAUUAUUAUGUAGAAUAAUAGGCUUCUUUACUAGCUUUCAAAACCAACUGUUUUAAUUAAACAAAGUUAUCUAUGUUGGUAAAUGAUACACUUGACAGGGUAAUAUUCUUAAAACCUAGAAGGGGUAGGUAUAGGAACAGCUUUAGCAAAAUUAAGAUUAUUGUAAAAGUUUAGCUAUUGAAAAGUGGUGAUUUAUUACAGAUAAUCAAAUUUUUAGUGAAGUUUCUAUGCCUCUAACAUUUACCUGUGCAAUAUGACUACUGUGUUAAUGUGUAAAAUUUAGGGUAGUUAGGUUUUAAGAAGGAUUUUCCCAACUAUAGAUGCUGGUUCAAUUUUUAUGUAUCAUAUAAUCUUAUCAAAGGAGAAGCAAAAAGCAAAACUGUCCUAGAUUCUUUUAAACUAUUUGACAAUGGGUUCAAGUAAUUCUUCAAGAACAAAGUAGCUAUAUUUUGUGAAGUAUUGAAGAUAAUAAUUAUGGAUAAUGAAAAUAAACAGAGUAACAACCCACAAGUAAUUUUUUACAUAACUUCCAGUUAUAAAAAUUCAAAUAUGCUUAAGAAAAUAUUUUCGCAAUAUGUAAUGAUAUAAAAGUUUAAACUCUGAAAUUUCUAAUGCAAGUGAACUAAAUACUAAAGAUUUUGGUACAGAGGCAAUACUCCAUGUUAUUUCUCAUCCAUGGGAUGAGAAUUAAAUGUUAAUUGAAAUUUUAAUCAUAACCAAAU